ACAAUGAUAGCUGUUGGACUUGGUGUUGCAACUGUUGCAUUUGCAGGUCGUUAUGCUUUUCACCUUUGGAAACCAUUGGAGCAGGCAAUUACAGAGACAGCAAAGAGGAUUUCAACUUCUAGUCUUUCAUCAUACUAUAAAGGAGGAUUUGAACAGAAAAUGAGUAGGCGAGAAGCUAGUCUUAUUUUAGGUGUAAGUCCAUCUGCUGACAAGGCCAAAAUCAGAACAGCCCAUAGAAGAAUCAUGAUUUUGAAUCAUCCUGAUAAAGGCGGAUCACCCUACUUAGCAACAAAAAUAAAUGAAGCGAAAGACUUGUUGGAAUCCAGUGCCAAAAACUGA